AUGUACCGGUUCCUUCCUGCCUUCACCCGCGACACCUAUCGUUCCCUCCUUCUCCGUCUUGCGUGCAGCGCGCGAAUUCCCCUCCUUCUCCUUGUCCUCUACACCUCUAUCGUCUACUACGCGUACACGCUCUAUACCCGCCGCUCUCGCGUCAACAUGGCGAAGAUUCCUGCCCCAAAGCUCGGUCACCAUCACCACCACAAGCCUCAAGAGCACGGUGCUCCCAAGCCGUACAGGCGAGGUCUCAGCGUCGCGGAUAGGUCUAUCGUCCUCUGCGCCACCAGCGCCUCCACCCGUACUCGAAAACUCACCCGCGUCGAGCAAGCGCGGAUCCGCUUCGCCCAUAGCCGCGGUCUGAGUAAGACCUUUCUCGCCCGGCGUCUCGCCACCACGAACGACGUGGUCCUCCGCAUCCUCGAGCGCAAGUACGAUCGGCACUCGUCGACGGCGCUCCGCGGAAAGAAGCUGGACGCCGAGGACCGUCAGCUGUGCGGCGAGGACUUCGUCGCUGAAGUCGAAAAAGAGCGCAAGCUCCAAAAGCUGCAACGCGAAGGGAGGGCGCCGUUGACUCGCACCGUCUCCGGCGACUGGAGAAUCUCGACUUCGGCACCAAGCACUCCCUCUUCGAGCCAGCAGCACGCCUCGAGUGCGUCUCGGCGCGCAGGUCCCGGUACCACUCAACGAGCCGCUGCUCCCAAGCCCUCUCGCUACGCGACGCCUGAGAUAGAGUCUUCUUCAGAGGAGGAAGAUGAGGGCUCAGCGUACGAGCCGAGCGAGACGGAGGAGACCGCGGCGACGACGCCCGACUUCGAGAUGGAGGCCAUCGAUGAGGACUCCAAGGACGAUGUGCGACAGGUUGAUGAGGUCCUCGCCAACACCCAGACCCACCCUACCAUCACAACGGCGUGGAUUCUCGAGCGUGCCGGCCUCUCCGACCGUCAGGAUAUCAUCGCGCAGAUGGCAUACAUGGGCUUCACCGACAAGCACGCCGUCCUUCUCGCGCAGCAGACCGAGGAGCAGCGCAAGUUCGCCAUCGCCUCGAUCUUUCCUCCCGAGCGCUUCGGGGAGCAGUUUAGCUUCGCCCUCGCCAUGUUCGACCAAGCAUUGAUGGCGGCGCGCGAUGAGCUUCAGCGCGGGACUUGA